CAUUCCGUUCCAACCUUGGGAUUUGCAUAUGGCAGCCCGCUGGCCUAUGAGAGCGCGUUGUGAUGAAACCUGCACCUCGGCUCAUUAGCAUGAGAAGCAUCAGGCUGUGUGAGUGUCGCUGUGUAGUGAGCGGGGGAAGGAAUGGCUGCAGUUACAUUGUAUCCGUAGUGGGAGCCUGGGAGCAGUGAGUGGGAUCUUGUUUGUUCCAUUCACAAAGAGAAAGGGGAGAAAUAAAGUGCAGAACAAACCCAAAGUUCCGUGCUCUGUCCCUGACCGUGGAAGCUGUUGCUCCCCCCUGGCCGGGCUGAUAAUGAGCUCUCCCGGGUGUCUCGUUGCUCUGGUCGCCUCAGUGUUCGCUUCUUGCUCAGGUGGAGUCUCCUCGCCCGCUCCUUGCCCGACCCCCUGUGCCUGUGACUUGGACGGAGGAGUGGACUGCUCUGGUAAAGGAUUACUGGCCAUGCCCGAGGGACUCGGCCUCUUCACCCACUCCCUAGACCUCAGUAUGAACAACAUCACCAAGCUACCUGAAGGCACAUUCAAUGGUUUUCCAUACCUUGAAGAACUGAGACUGGCGGGCAAUGACCUUUCCUUCAUCCACCCCAUGGCCUUGUCUGGCCUGAAAGAACUCAAAGUACUGACCCUUCAAAACAACCAGCUGAAGACUGUCCCCAGUGAAUCUCUGAAGGGCCUCACAUCUCUGCAGUCGCUGCGCUUAGAUGCAAAUCACAUUGUCACCGUUCCAGAAGAUAGCUUUGAGGGCCUUGUGCAACUCCGUCAUCUUUGGCUGGACGACAACAGUUUGACUGAAGUGCCAAUUCGUCCACUCAGCAACCUCCCAUCUCUACAGGCCUUGACCUUGGCGCUUAACAAAAUCACCCAUAUACCCGAUUAUGCUUUCUCCAAUCUGUCCAGCCUUGUGGUUUUACAUCUUCACAACAAUAGAAUCAGGACUCUUGGGCCACAUUCUUUCCAUGGGCUGGAUAAUCUCGAAGCUCUGGAUUUAAAUUACAACAACCUGAUAGAUUUCCCUGACGCCAUCAAAUCUUUGCCCAACUUGAAGGAGUUAGGUUUCCACAGUAAUUCCAUCACAACAAUCCCAGAUGGAGCGUUUGUGAAGAACCCACUGUUAAGGACCAUACAGUUGUAUGAUAAUCCCUUGUCUUUGGUUGGGAAUUCAGCAUUUCAGAACUUAUCAGACCUCCACAUCUUAAUCAUUCGUGGGGCAAACAAUGUUCAAUGGUUUCCUAAUUUGACUGGGACUAAUAAUCUAGAAAGCCUGACCUUGACGGGCACAAAGAUAAAAAGUAUUCCAAUAAAGUUUUGCGAAGAGCAAAAGAUGCUUCGAACCUUGGACUUAUCCUACAAUGAGAUCACGGCACCGGUUGGAUUCGAAGGUUGCAGUGCCUUAGAGGAAGUUUACCUGCAGAAUAAUCAGAUCCAAGAAGUCCAGAACGAGACGUUCCAAGGCCUGACGGCUGUACGGGUGCUGGAUCUAAGUCGAAAUAGAAUUCGAAUGAUUCAUAAGGAAGCCUUCAUCACUCUGAAAGCAAUGACUAGCCUAGACCUGAGUUUCAAUGACCUCUCUACAUUUCCAACUGAUGGACUUCAUGGCCUGAAUCAACUGAAGCUUACAGGGAACCCAGACUUUAAAGAAACACUAGCAGCAAAGGCUCUAGUUAAGCUCUCGUUUUUGUCUGUUCCAUAUGCAUAUCAAUGCUGUGCCUUUUCUGCAUGUAAUUCCUAUAUGGCCACAAGCAUAGAAGAAGACCACUUGAGGGCCCAAAGACUAUUGCUUGACCACGACAGAGCCGCUGCUGUGGAUCCUGAUUAUAUUGGUACAGAAGAUGAUAAAGAACACGUUCAAACCUUAAUCCAGUGCAAUCCUGCCACAGGGCCCUUCAAACCAUGCGAAUAUCUCCUUGGCAGCUGGAUGAUAAGACUCACUGUUUGGUUCAUCUUCCUCCUGGCUCUGAUCUUCAAUGUAAUUGUCAUUGUGACAAUGUUUGCCUCCUGCUCCCCGCUCACCUCCUCCAAACUCUUCAUCGGUCUCAUUGCUGUCUCCAACCUUUUCAUGGGAGUGUACACUGGAACUCUGACCCUCCUAGACGCCAUCUCGUGGGGACAGUUUGCUGAAUUCGGUAUAUGGUGGGAGACUGGCAGUGGAUGCAAAGUGGCCGGUUUCCUUGCUAUCUUCUCUUCUGAAAGUGCCAUUUUCUUCCUGAUGUUGGCUGCCUUAGAGAGAAGCUUAUUAGCCAAAGACAUCAUUAAAAAAGAGAAGCAUCCGCAUUUGAGGAAAUUUCAGGUUGCUUCCCUUCUUGCUGUUUUGUUGGCCGCUGCCGCAGGAUGCCUACCGUUGUUCCACGUUGGAGAGUUCUCUUCCUCCCCUCUCUGCUUGCCUUUCCCUACAGGCGAAACACCUUCUUUGGGAUUCACAGUAACCCUGGUCCUUCUAAAUUCAUUGGCCUUUUUGAUAAUGGUUAUCACCUACACCAAACUAUAUUGCACCAUAGAGAAAGAGGAUCUCUCGGAAAACGCAGAGUCCAGCAUGAUCAAGCACAUCGCUUGGCUCAUCUUCACCAACUGCAUCUUCUUCUGUCCUGUGGCCUUCUGCUCAUUCGCCCCACUGAUCACUGCCAUCUACAUUAGUCCGGAGAUUAUGAAAUCCAUCACAUUAAUAUUUCUGCCCUUGCCUGCGUGUCUCAAUCCUGUCCUGUAUGUAUUCUUCAAUCCGAAAUUUAAAGAAGAUUGGAAGCUCUUGAGAUGGCGUUUGACCAAAAGAAGCGGCUCCGUUCCAGUCGCCACAAACUCUCAAAGAGAAUGCGUCACUCAGGAUUUUUACCAUGACUUUGGCAUGUAUUCACAUCUGCAGGGGGGAAACUUUGCAGUUUGUGACUACUGCGAGUCAGUUCUUUUAAAGAACCCUCCACCUUGUAAACAUUUAAUAAAGUCUCAUAGCUGCCCUACGCUGGCAGUUGUGCCUUGCCAACGACCUGAUAAUUACUGGUCCGACUUCGGUACCCAGUCUGCCCACUCGGAUUGUGCAGAUGAAGAGGACUCUUUUGUCUCUGACAGCUCAGACCAAGUGCAGGCCUGUGGCCGAGCCUGCUUUUACCAAAGCCGAGGUUUGCCUUUGGUCCGUUAUGCGUAUAAUAUACCAAGAAUGAAAGACUGAAUCCAUCAAACUAGUUGACUCUUGUGAGGCUGAGAUAGCCAGCACAAGUCUGGCAGAUGUAGAACAGCUGGAAAGCCAUGGGCUUAGACCUCCUCACUGUGAGGAGACCAGGACUAUUCAGAACAUAACAAAUGCCUUGACAAGCAAAGGAGCACUUUUGUAAUAAAAGAAGGGAAGCAGGCAAAAGACUUCUGGAGUUUUAAAACGCUAUGCGGUUGGUUCGGGAGCUCUCAGUUUCACGUCUCACUGUCAAAAAUGUUGCCUGGACUAUGAAUAAUUUGUAAACCAAAAUUUGUCGCUAAAUGUUUUAUCGUUUUCUUUUUUUGUUUAAUGUUUUCUGUUUAAAGCAAGUAGUAUCUUGCCGCUCUUUACAAUUUAUGUUUUCCAUUUAAA